AUGUGGAGUGGAAAGAAAGAACGUGGGGUGGAAGGCAAGAACGUGGAGUGGAAAGGAAGAAUGAAGACCUGGGAUGUCCUGGAGUUUGUUGGAGAAGCCCUCAGACCUAGUGGGGACGACCUAGGGCUUGGUGAGGAGCUUCAGUACCGGGGACAUCACCAAACACAACACCAGUACCGGGGACAUCACCAAACACAACACCAGUACCGGGACCAACACCAAACACAACACCAGUACCGAGGACAUCACCAAACACAACACCAGUACCGAGGACAUCACCAAACAACACCAGUACCAGGACCAUCACCAAACACAACACCAGUGCCAGGGCCAUCACCAAACACAACACCAGUACCGAAGACAUCACCAAACACAACACCAAUAAGGACAUCACCAAACACAACACCAGGAACAUCACCAAACACAACACCAGAGACCAGGAACAUCACCAAACACAACACCAUACCGGGGACAUCACCAAACACAACACCAGUACCGGGGACAUCACCAAACACAACACCAGUACCAGGGACAUCACCAAACACAACACCAGUACCGGGAACAUCACCAAACACAACACCAGUACCGGGGACAUCACCAGCAGUAAAAACUUUGUACUGUACUGGUCAGGGAACAAAGAAUAGCCUGGAGGAAGGGGAUUAA